AUGGCUGGUCCAGAAUGCUGUUCAAACCCACCAACCCUGGACCCCUCUAGUGGAUCCGGCCAUGUUCGUAAAUUCGCUGGUCUUAAUUCCUAUCUCUCGGGCUCCCCCUACUCCAAUCGAGCCAUUCUCUUUGUCUCCGAUAUUUUUGGUAUUAGUUCUAUUUUAUUUUGUAAGCAUGCAAACAAGGUUGCAGCUGCUGGGUAUUAUGUGGUGGUUCCUGACUUCUUCAAUGGUGAUCCCUUUGAUUUUGAUAAUGUGAACAGGCCUUUACCUAUUUGGAUAAAAGAUCAUGGAGUGGACAAAGGCUUUGAAGCUGCAACACCCUUAAUCAAUUGA